AUGCCGCUCGAGAUCUGGGAUCGGCUGCGCUCGUUCCCUCUCUUUGCUGACGCGCCCGAUGGGUUUCUAAUGGCGAUCGCCCGAAAGCUCCGACCUCAGUUUUUCUCGCCUCAGGAAUACAUUCUCACAGAGGGCGAGGAUGCUCGCGCCAUGUACUGGAUCGUGCGCGGCGCCGUCGUCGUCACCUCGCGCGACGGUGAAUCAGUCUACGCCGAACUCUCCCCCGGCGCAUUCUUCGGCGAGAUUGGAAUUCUCUUCAACCGUCCGCGGACAGCGUCGAUCCUCGCGCGGACAAAGUGCAUGGUCGUCGUACUCACUGGCGAGGCGCUGAGUAAAGUCUUGCCACAGUUUCCUGAGAUUGAGCGAGCGAUCAGAGAAGAAGCUCAGGAACGACUGAAUUUGCUUGCGAAACAAAAGGCUCUGGAGAAUAACAGCAACAGCAACAACAGCAACAACAAUAAUAGCAAUAACAGCGGGGCCGGCAGCGGAGGAAUUAGCGGCGUCGGCAGUACAGAUGUCAGCACUCUUGGCUCACUUCAAGCAACUACGGAAGACGAACUGCCGAGUAUACAGGGAGAGACGCCGAACUCUCGAAUCGCAAUCCGAGAUCUAUUACGCGAACUGCCGCUGUUUGCGACGCUUCCAGCAGAUAUGCUGCACACACUUGCACUCUCAGUCGAACCGAAGCGAUAUUCGCCAUUCGAAUACAUCAUACGACAGGAUCGACCAGGCCGCGAACUGUUUUUCGUCGUCGCGGGCGAAGUCGAGGUCAUUGACGAGCGUACGCAGCAGACGAUUGCCCGGCUACCAAAGGGAUCACACUUCGGAGAAGUUACGUUUUUGUCCUUGGCUGAGAACCGGACUGCGUCGGUGCGGUCUGUGAAUAUGGUCGAUUGUCUUGUGCUUACAAACUCCGCGCUUCAGAGCGUGGUCGGCCAGUUUCCAGAAGUGUUGAGGGGAAUCGAGCAGACUGCGCGCGAGCGGAUGAUGUCGUCGCCUUCUUUGUUGUCGGGCAGAGCGCAUGGUAGUUCAGUUGGAACGAUGGCUACAAUCACCGAAGAGCUACAAAGCGGUGAUGUGACUGCAGCCUCGACAGCAGCACAAGAUGAUGUUCCGAUCGCUGCUUCUGAUGAGGUCGAGAAGCCACUUGACCCGGAUCCGUUUUCACACACAUCCGACCAUCUCGAUGGAGUGGGCGAAGACGCGCUCUCACUUUCAGUGCCGCUAAUAAACGGCAACGAGCUUCUUUCUACCGGUACGAUCAACCAGUUGGAUCUGGCAAUAGAUCCAGCGACUCUGCACUCGGAUGGUUCGGCCCUGCAGGAGUCGUCGAGUAGUUCUGGGCCGUCAUCUUCAGCAUCAUCAUCUUCUUCGUCUUCCUCCUCGAGACCUCCAAGCCCCAGUCAGGAUCUGAUUGGAUGCGGACGCCGACGAAAACGUGCGAGACGGGGCGCGAAUGGAGCAGAAGCGCAUCAUCGCGAACAUGCACGGCCACGACGGACACGAGAUUCCACCGAUGCGGAUGAAAACGAAACAAAAGAAGGCGACGAUUACGAUGCCGGUGUGUCAUCAUCUAUCGUUGACGACAUUUCGCAAAUGGAUCUGCAACAGAUGGCAUGGGCUGCUGCAGCUAAGCGCGCAGAGAUUGCUGCAGGCGAAAAGUUCCCCGACACGGUUCUGGUGUGUGUACUGAAACGAAUGCCGUUGAAGACGUUGAUGCGUUUGCAGCGCGUGAAUCGGCACUGGCUCGAGCUUAUCCGGUCCGAUGAACGGAUACUGCGGACUCUUGAUUUACGAGAGUACAAUACGUCAAUCUACGACAACUCUAUCGGGCAGAUUGCGAGUUUUGUUGGCCAGCGACCAAGGGUUGUCGAUAUCUCAAACUGUUUCCAUCUCUCGGACGCCGGGUUCGCACAGCUUGUAUCCACGAUCGGCCGCGACAUUCGGUGCUUCAGGAUGCGGAGCGUGUGGGAAGUCAGCGGGCUUGCGAUAAUGGAGCUGACAGUGCCGGCGAUCGCGCGCACGCUUGAAGAAAUCGAUCUGUCGAAUUGUCGAAAAGUAGGCGACGCGACGCUUGCGCGGGUUGUGGGAUGGGUCGUGCCUGAUUCUGCGAGCCGGAUACCGGGGGCGCCGCCUGCCGGGACGAUUGUCGGGUGUCCAAAGUUGAAACGCAUAUCGCUGAGUUACUGCAAGCAUAUCACGGAUAAGAGUAUGCACCAUCUUGCGAUGCACGCGAGUGACAGACUCGAGGCGCUCGAUCUCACGCGGUGUACGACUGUGACCGAUGUUGGAUUCGGGUACUGGUCGCAGCGCGUGUUUCCUCGUCUACGACGGCUGUGUUUGGCAGAUUGCACGUUCCUGACAGAUAAAGCGAUAGUAUCGCUUGCUGCGGCAGCAAAAGCGCUUGAAGAGCUCGAUCUGUCGUUCUGCUGCGCGCUGAGCGAUGUGAGCGUUGAAGUGCUUUCACUAGGAUGCCCGCAUCUGAAGAGUCUAAACCUAGGCUUUUGCGGCAGCGCGGUGUCGGACGCGAGUCUGCGUGCUGUCGCGCGGCAUUUGAUUGAGCUGCGAGUGCUGAGCGUCCGCGGGUGCGUGCGCGUGACGAACGCGGGCGUGGAAGCGAUCGGGAGCGGGUGCGUCCGUCUGGAAACGCUUGAUCUGAGUCAGUGCCGGAACGUGUACUGCGAUGCGCAUCCACUGGAUGCGAUGACGGCGAUCAAGGACGAGAGCAGCAGCCGCGCGGGCGCCAAUGAGGAGAAGCCGGUUGAGAUGCGCGCGGGGGGCAGCGGGAGGACAAAGACGUAUGGAUAUGGCUGCGGAUUGUGGAAGGGGAAAGCCUGUGACCGCUGCAAAGCACGAAAGAUAAAAUGCAACGCGACAACCGGCGCCUGCACGCCCUGUUCGCUCGCCCGCGUCGCCUGCACAAACACCGACCUCAACUCCCGCAAACCCCUUCCUCGAGGAUACGUCGAGAUGAUCGAGCAACAGGUGUCGACUCUCAAAGCGCGCGUGGCUGAGCUUGAGGAGGAGGCAAUGACUCGUCAGCAGCAACGACCGCAGACGUCGUCGCGGGGGUCAGAUAGUCGGGCGCAACCUGUUCUGCCGUCGAUCGAGACGCUUACGAGUGGGACUAUGGCGGCGAAGAAGAGCACGGGAACGAGGCUGCCGCUGUAUGUCGGUGAACGAAUUACCUCGGCGGGGCAGGGUAUCGGAGCCUGGGACGAGGCUACGUUGUCCAUCGUCGGUAUUCGCCUUAGUUUACGCGACUUGGCUCCAAACGAUUUGGGAAAUACAAACCUGUUCCAGAUAUAUUCGACCCCGAAGCCCGCCAAAAUGGAGCUUCCGCCCUACGAAGAAGCCAAAGUGUAUCUUGAUUCGUUUCUCGCGGUCGUACAUCCCGUCAUCCCAGUCCUUUCCAAAUCCUGGAUCACAAACGAAAUCUCCCGACUGUACUCCGACGACGCAUACACGCCCACCCCGCAGACUGCCGUCAUCGUCAACAUGGUCUUUGCAAUCAUCACCUCCUCGAUCGAUCUCUACCAGCGCAAGAUGGACAAAAACCGGGAAAACUAUACCCCGCUCUCGGAAACUUUCUAUCGCCGUAUAUUCCCAUACUUUGCCGACCUCGACCACGAUCCCGAUCUCAGCUCGAUCCAAGCCCUCGUGCUUGUCCUUGUCUUCCUUCGCCCAUCGCCAAGACCGCAGGCGUCAUGGGCUCUUGCGCGAAUGGCAAUGACGCUCUCGAUCCAGCUUGGCUUGCACCGUGAGAAUAUCCAGGCCGAGGGGCCGUUGCAAGGCAGCAAUCUGUCUAUUCGCGAGCAGCAAUUGCGCAAGCGCGUGUUUUGGAGCUUGUUUUCGCUGGAAUGCUCGUUGGCGAAUAAACUUGGUCGGCCGCAUGCGCUCGGUCAUCGGAGCUAUGAUACUGAGUUGCCUAUCGCUGUUGAUGAUGAGUACUUGGUUGGUGGGAAUCAAGUAGUCGAAGCGGAUGGCUCUGGCGAUACCGGUGGCGGUGCAGCUGCUGCUGGUAAUGGAAACGGUAGUAAUGGUCAUGAAACCUAUACAAAUCCGCCGGGUAGCGCACCCAGCGGUAGCUGCUCGUUUCUGCCCGCGCUUGCGCUUUUCGGCUUGACAAAGAUCUCGAGCAGUGUAUACUCCACUUUCUACGUGGUCAAAAAGCCCACGCCGGAAGAGUACGAACGCAAAGUGCUAGAGUUCGAGGCCGAGCUUGCGAAAUGGAAAGCGCAGCUCCCUGAUAACCUUACCUGGAAACCAUCCGACUCCACCCGCGGACUGUCCGACAAGCGGUGCGCGGGAAUUAUGUGGCUGACCUGCAACGAGCUACAUCUGUUUAUCAGACAUCCGUCGGGCUCGACCUCAAACAACCCUGCUUUCAACGAGACAUCCCGCGAGAUGUGCGUCGGCAUCGCGCGCGAGCUUUUGCACACGAUGAACGAUCUCAUGAAAAUCAACCACGUCGAGUCGACAUGGUUCAACAUCAGCAUCCUGCUCACUUCGCUCUUCACGAUCCUCUACGGCGCGUGGGUCGAUCAGCGCACGAACGCGGACGAGAUCGGGCGCGUGAAGGAAGAUGUCUCGGUCACGCUCGCGAUCUUGGACGAGGUCGCGACCGCGCUGGGCACGGAUCCGGCGCAUAAUCGUAUGCGGGAUAUUGUUUCCUCGCUCUCGAACGAUACGAUUAGGAAACUUGAGGAUCGCUGUAAUGGACGGUACUACGGUCAGCAACAACAGCAGGAUCACCAUCAACAACAACAACAGCAGCAGCAGCAGCAGCAGCAGCAUGAGCAAGGGUUUAUACAGCAUCCAACGUAUCAGAACGUGCUGAAACCACAACAGCCUCAGAUUGACCACGGCCAACCAGCGUCAGGACACCCAUCAGCUCAUUAUCCGACCUACCCAAGCUCUGCCCCAGCAGAUUCGCAGCCGUAUCUCUGGCAGACCGCCGUCGCGGUCGCGGCGUCUGCGCAGCCCAACCCCGUCGCGACGCCUUCGAAGCCGCUCCCGCAAUCGUUCGAUCGUGCACAGCAACAGCAGCAGCAGCAACCGCUAGCAUCUCAACCUUUUGCGCAUCCCCAACAACCACUACAGCAAUCGUGGCAGGAUUACAUAUACUCUGAAAUGGCGCGGAUGGACCAGAUCCGCACGCAUUACGCCCAGGCACCCCAGCAGCAGCAUCCGCUUCUCCAUCAACUGCAUCCGCACCACCACCACCAUCAGCCUCAGCAACAUGGCGUGAUUGGCUCGAAUCCGGCGGAUAACCCGCUCGUGAUUGCUGCGUCGGUGGUGCAGGCGAGCGAGGAGGCUGCCGCUGCCGCUGCUGCUGCUGCUGCGGCGGCGGGGCGGAAUUCUGGAUCGGGGACGCAGCAGCAGUACUGA